AUGGCUCGUACCAAGCAGACCGCCCGCAAGUCCACCGGAGGCAAGGCCCCCCGCAAGCAGCUCGCCACCAAGGCGGCUCGCAAGUCCGCCCCCGCCACCGGUGGCGUCAAGAAGCCCCACCGCUACAGGCCCGGUACCGUCGCUCUCCGCGAGAUCCGCAAGUACCAGAAGUCCACCGAGCUCCUCAUCCGCAAGCUCCCCUUCCAGCGCCUCGUCCGCGAGAUCGCCCAGGACUUCAAGACCGACCUCAGGUUCCAGUCCUCCGCCAUCCUUGCCCUUCAGGAGGCGUCCGAGGCUUACCUCGUCGGCCUCUUCGAGGACACCAACCUCUGCGCCAUCCACGCCAAGCGCGUGACCAUCAUGCCCAAGGACAUCCAGCUCGCCCGCCGCAUCCGUGGCGAGCGCGCCUAAGCG